CGCGGGUUCGAGUCCCGGCGCGGGCGGAGCGUAAAGCGAAGCAUUAAAGCGAACCGUUAAAGCGAAGCGACUCCGGGAGUGACACCGGGUUCGAACAGCAGCGGAGUGAGGGGGAUCGCGGCGGAACCCCCUCCUGACAUGGCUCGAGACAAGGAGAAGCGGAGCUGCGGGCAGGUGUUGGCUGAAUGGCGGGCGUUUCUGUGGGACCCGCGGAGCCGCCAGUUCUUGGGCAGGACUGGGACCAGUUGGGGCCUGAUCCUGCUCUUCUACCUGGUGUUCUACGGGUUCCUGGCGGGGCUCUUCGCUCUCACCAUGUGGGUGAUGCUGCAAAGCGUCGACCCCCACGUCCCCAAGUACCAGGACCGCCUCGCCACGCCCGGGAUGAUGAUCCGCCCGCGCACGGAGGGACUCGACGUCACCUUCAACGUCAGCCAGAGCCAAACGUGGCGCCACUACGUGCACGCCCUGCACCAGUUCCUCGAGCCGUACAACGACAGCGUCCAGUCCGCCCGCAACGCCGCCUGCGUCCCCGGGCGCUACAACGAGCAGCCCGACGACAGCGUCCCCAACUACCCGAAACGCGCCUGUCGCUUCAACCGCUCCGUCCUCGGGCCCUGCGCCGGAACGGCGCCCGACGACGACUACGGCUACGGCGCCGGGCAGCCCUGCGUCCUCAUCAAGGUCAACCGGGUCAUCAACUUCUUCCCGGGUAGGAACAAGAGCAUCAACAUUAUCUGUGCCGCCAAGCGGCCCCGGGUGAAGGGUGACCUGGUAAGGGGGAGCCCUCCCGUAGCGCCCCAAAACCUGCGGAAUUCACCCCAAAAUCCCACCGGGCACCAAAACCACCUGCUAGUUUCACCCCAAAACUCUGCUCGGUUCACCCCAACUCCUGCUCGAGUCACCCCAAAAUAGGUUAGAUUCACCCCAAAAUCCCGCUGGGCGCCCCAAAAUCUGCUUAUUUCACCCCAAAAUCCCGCUGGGCGCCCCCGAAUGUGCUUAUUUCACCCCAAAAUCCCGCUGGGCGCCCCCAAAUCUGCUUAUUUCACCCCAAAAUCCCGCUGGGCGCCCCCAAAAUGUGCUUAUUUCACCCCAAAAUCAUGCAGGGUGCCCCCAGAUGUCCUCAUUUCACCCCAAAAUCCUUUGCAGUGCCUGAAAAAGGGCUCAUUUCACCCCAAAAUCCUGCUUACUUACCCCAAAAUAGGUCAGAUUCACCCCAAAAUCUGCUCUUUUCACCCCAAAUCCUGCUUAGUUACCCCAAAAUAGGUCAGAUUCACCCCAAAAUCC